AUGUUAUUGUUUACUGAGCAUGGCGACUUCAUUAAAGUCAUUAGUCAGCAUUUGAUUGAUCCUUGUUCCGUAUCUGUCAGAGAUGAUGGUCACAUGAUCGUGUGUGACUGGGACGACAAGUCAGUCAAAGUCCUCACCCCUGACGGUACAGGAUUAGUACAGUCCUUCAAAGAACCACGCAGUUUUAGGAAACCGGUUCUUGCUGUUUACCAUGAAAACAAGUUUUUUGUUUCAUUUGUCUCAUUUAACUAUAUUAACGUGUUCAGCAACGAAGGACUUUAUCUGUAUGACAUUAGCAAGGAGGCACUCUGUGCAAGAAAACUCUUUUUUACUAAAAACUUCACUAUUGACGCGUUUAACAAUCUGAUCGUGUGUGAUAAUAACAAUAAUCGCAGAUUUCAAGUGUUUUCUUUAGAUGGAAAAUUUGUUUACUCGUUCAAUAUUGAAGAAAUUAAAUGUCCCUCGUUUGUCGCUGCUUUUGAAGAUAAGUUGUUUGUUUGCGAUCGUACAAAGCACGUAGUCCAUGUUUUGCAGUAGAAAAUGAACAUUGCUCAACAGUUGUUCUGAUGCGAUUCUUUCAAUGUGGCCUUUGGUUCGUUGUAAGGUAUGACCCUUUUUUUACAGCCGCUGAAAUACUAAUCGCGGGCUCAAAAAGAAAAAGGAAGAAUGGAAAUUGGACUUUGUGAAUAUUUUAAAGAUAACUUUGUUCUAAUUUUGUUUUAGUUUAUUCAUUUUUUUCUUUCGUCGUCUUUGCGUUUGUCUCCAUUUAUUAGCUGUAAGUGAUUAUCCUUCAGAGUAGUAAAUAAAAUAGUAUUUGAUUUGGUCUGAAAAUUAGUGUAGAAGUGUGUAAUCUUGGAAGGAGAAUCUUGAAGAUUUUUUCCUCAUCGGUGUUGAUAGAUCUCAUUCAAAGAGACCUGCAUAUAAUUGGUUACUUUUACUGGUAUGCAGCACGCUCUUCAAAUACUAACCCCAAGGCUGUAUCGGCUCUCCCUGUGACUAAACAGUUAGAGUACCUGCAUUGUGUGUGAGUGAUUAAAACUGUUUUAUUCAAGAAUUCACGGUCCUAUUUUUUAAGCUGUUCUCACGACGACUUUAAUCAUCUUUUGUCACAAAUAAUCAAAAGGAGAAUUUUCAAUGGAGAGUGGAAAGCAUUCCUGGGUAGCCUGCAAGAAGGCCCUAAUUAUUUGUUAACUGUUUCUAUUGAAGGUAUCUUUAAUCCUAAAUUUUCUGAACAUCCAAAUACCCUUUCUUUUUCCCUUUUACCCCUCUCCAGGUCCCUCUUACCUCUUCCCCCUUCCCACUUACCCCUCCCCUGUUCCCUUUUACCCCUCCCCCAUUUCCUUUUACCCCUCCCCUGUUUCCUUUCACCCCUCCCCCUUCCCUCUUAUCCCUUCCCCUUUCCCUUUUACUCCUCCCCCUUCACUCUUAUCCCUCCCUUUUUCCCUUUUACCCCUUUCCCCUUCCCUCUAACCCCUCCCCCUUUCCCUUUUACCCCUCCCCCCUUCCCUCUUAUCCCUCCCUCAUUCCCCUUUACCACUCUCCUUCCCUCUUACCCCUCCCUCGUUCCCCUUUACCCCAUCUCCCUUCCCACUUACUGCUCCCCAGUUCCCUUUAAUCCCUUCCCUCUUCCCUUUUACCCUUCCCCAGUUCCCUUUAAUCCCUUCCCCCUUCCAUCUUACCCCUCCCCCUUUCCUUUUACCCCUCCUUUCUUCUUUUACACCUCUUCCUAUUAGAUUUAAGGGUGAUACGUAUGUUGUUAAAAACCUCCUAUUUAAGUGUGCUAGCUCUUAUAAUCACCCACAGGCCUAUUUGCAAUUAAAUAUCCCGACCCCCAUUCCCCCAAAAAGUAUUCUUUUGUAAAUAUCCAUGCUUACAAUGUGUAAGCUCUUAAUUUUUUUCUCUCGUGUUACCUUAUUUAGAUCACAUUCACCAAUUUAUCAAACAGAAAAAUGAUUCAAAUACUGUAAAAGAGUGUUAAAUCGAGUUACAGAAUUGUUAAUAAAAAACUGACUGGAGAAAACUAUAAAAAGUAUCGCAUUGGGCAGAACCAAUGGAGCUGUAAGGAGUACUGCUUUGCGUGUGUAAAUGUUGAAAGCAAUUUUAAGCUGCUGUUAAUAAGACGUUUUACUGAAACGAUAGACGACAGCAGUCCCUGCUUUUCGGCGAAGUCUGUAGCGUGAGUCAAAAAGAUCAGCGCCCACCAUACUUCCAGAGUUCCACGCAAGGCACUAACUUCAAUCUUUUUUCAUUGUUUGGGUAUUUGUCAUUUAGAGGGCUGAUGAGAGAUUCACUUGAAGGAUUGACUUGUCCAAGACUGAUCAGUUUUGGGAAGGUGAGUCUAAGAUUACUUGGAUGUGCACUUCUCGCCUCAUGAACACUGAUGGAAAUGUCACAUAUACUUUCAUAGGGCUACACGCUUCUACAGCCCUGGAAUCGUGGAUUUUAAAAGUUAGGAUUAUACAUCGUUUCCCCUUGUUCUAUACCUCUAAAGGAAUGAAGUCUCUAACAGAUAUCAAGAGUCUCCACCCUUGUGGGUGAACUGAGGAACUAAGUAUGCCCCAUCCCCCCACCCCUUUAGUGGGUAAAGCAGGUGUCUACAUUCCCCUUUUGUCUAUCAGUUUCAUUCGUUUUUAUUUUACAUCUUUUUUUUUUAUUUUGAAGGCUGGUUUAAAGGCAUGUCCAAUUUGUUCUUAUCGUGUCCUGUUCCAAAGCUUCUCAUCUUGGCAAGUAAUUAAAUAUAAUUUUCUGGAUUUCAAUUUUGUGUGCCUGUUUGUUGGUUUGUUUAUUUUACUUUGGUAUUGAAGAUGAUGAUGAUGAUGAUGAUGAUGAUGAUGAUGAUGAAGCUUUCAUUGUUUUUGUUGUUCUGGUUGAAUGUUAGAUGACAUAUGUGACUAAAAAUUUUGAGCAAACUCAACUUUUUGAAAAAUGUAACAUUUCAUCUACAUUUUAACACAGUUUGGCAAAAAUUCGAAUUCGAUAACCUGAAGAUUGAUUUUCGUCCAUAUUAAACAGUUCUGCAUUUGGGAUGAGUACAAAGCCUCCAUGCCUUUAACGAAUAUAGUCGCGGACAAUUUAAUUUUUUUAACAAUUUCCCUAACGCGCAUCAGAAACUAUAUCUUUGAUCUACGCAAGUAGUUUUGACACUUAACAAUACAAAGCUCGAAUUUUCGACACAGGUGUGGAUCAUCUUGACAAAGAUAUAUAAAAUAUAAUAUUUUCUUGUUUGAGUGACAAUUUUUUCUAAGGAUGGAAACUCUGAAAUAUUCGUUUAGAGGUAAAUUUCAGAUGCAGGUAUUACCACGCUGCGGUCAUUGCGUUCACGAGGAUGCCCCGGACAAAGUAAGUGAAGUAACGAAUUCAUCUUCAGCUUAGAACGAAAAAUGAAAAAAAAAAGUAGUGAUGAAAUAAUAAUAACAAUAAUAAUAAAUACAAAAAUAAUACUGAAUGAUAAUGAUAACAAUGGUAUUAAAAGCUAAAAAAAAUUAUAAUGAGCUUAUCAGGGUUAUCCAUACCCUGUUGUGAAUGGCUGUAUCACCUCCUCAGAGCAAUAUGAAAUUUCUCGCAUUUAGUCACAAUCAUAACAAUCAAACCUUUACUUUUUCCCGACGUAUUUUCGUGGUAUGAGUUAAGCAGAGUAGGGAAAUUGCGAAUGUUCAAAAUUUUGAACACUGAAAAACCUUGAAAAACGGGAUUCACGGUAAGGAGACCGAUUUUUAGAAAAGUUUACAGUGCCAUCAUGAGUAUCCCUUACUGCAUACAGUGGGUUAUGGACUGGCACCACCAAGAUCACAACAUAAUAACCCGAGCAAGGUUUGAAACAAUAUUUGACGCUAAAAUGCAAUAAAGCCCUGUAAAAGCUUUUUUUGUCUCUUUUUCCGCCAAAACGUCCUCGAGUCUGAAGCUCAAGUUUGCCCCGUAAUUGGGGCAAAGUAGGUCCGCAAUACGUGCGGAUCUUAAAAUUUGGUGAGCAAACUAUAAAAAAAUUGAUUCAUAAACAAGAUGAACAAACUCGUAAUGUAUGGCAUCAUAUUUGGAUAUCAUCUCUAACACGUUUUUUUUUUCUGAAAAAAAGAAAAAAUUUAUUUUGUUAUGUUCCUUCGUAUGUAAUCCCCUCCCACAAUUGCAAGCCAAGUUCCGUCUUAAUAGCCCAACCUCCAUACCCCUUAAUGGUAUUCUUUUAUAGUUAUACACGCUUGCAAUAUAUAGGCUCUUCCUAUUUUUCUCCCUUGUCACCUUAUCAAAGUCACAUUCAGGAAAAUGCAGCAAAAUUUAUAAAACGCCCUAAAUUUUCAAAUAUUAUGGAGAAAAUACUGAAUCAAGAAAAUCAUCUUACAGGAGGAAACUAUUUGAAUAAUAUCACGUCUUGCAGAAUUCCUUGCUAAAAUUCAACGGAGCUGCUAAGAAAACUACAGUAAGUUCAGUAAUCUAAAACUACAAGAGCUUUUAGCAGCUAUUAGUGACACGUUUCCUGAAAAAAGGCAAAACCAGCAAAAUUAGGGAGGCACUGUACGCAACAUUACAAACAAAUCAAUGAGUCACUCUUUUCGAAAAGUUCAACCGGGUAAGGAAAUCCUAUAAAACUUUUCUCUCUCGGGAUGAUCAAAACGAAAAUUCUCAGCAGCAUCUAGAAAUUUUCGAGCAGAAAGGUGAUUAGAAAAAGGAGUAAUAUUUCCUAAUUUAGCGGUACAAAGCAGCAAAUAGCAACUCCAUCCUAAUUAUCGAGAUAACGCAGACUUUCGCGAGUUUACUGAGGUCAGGUGAUGCCACUCGAAAACGUUUGCAAAGUUCAUCAAAUUUCUUUGCAUGGAAAUUGAAAUCAGUUCUUCAUUUCAUCUUCAUAAUUUAAUUACUUAAAAGUAACAAAACACUUUUAGCAUGGAAUCGUCGGUCAUACGUGCGAAAUUGUCCUGUACGAGUUAGAUCGAAUUUUGUCAUCUGCAGCCGUACAAGUAGGCAACUGCGGCCAUUUAAGAGGUUGCCGAUGACUGUUCAUCAUUUAGGCGCCAGAACAGAAACUUAUUCCGACAAGUGUGAGUUAAAAAUAAAUGAUUCCAUAGGUUUCGUUUCUCCCGUCUGACUGUUGUUCAAAAGGGUAAAAGAACCGAAAAAAGCUAAAAAAAAGUUAUCACUCCGCCCCUAGAAACAAAAUAAGUAACACAUUUAACACUUCAAAGGCAACACUUGUAUAUCUGAAUAAGGUGGAGAAGGUGAGGACUCAUUAGGCGAUUGAUGCCUCCCCCAGGUCUUGUUUUAUGCAUGAUUAGCAAUGUGAUGUGUCAACCGCUUCCAGCUUUCAACUUAUUUAGCCAGACAUGGAUGUUCAACAGCUCUUUACAAGUCUCAAGAAGGAAGCCGAGUGUCCACUGUGUCUAGAAACAGUCAAAGAUCCCAAGACACUGCCAUGUCUACACUCUUUCUGUCUGCGGUGUAUCGACAAACACGCAGGAUAUGCAAAAAGAAAGUUAGAAACGACGAUCAAAUGUCCAGUUUGUCAGGCUUGCUUUCAGAUCCCUGAAGGAGACACGUUUGGCAACCUUCCCACAUCUUUUCAUCUCAACCGAUUGGUAGAUCUCCUCGCUCUGAGAAAUGACAGCGAAGAGGCUCAGAGAUGUAGUAGUUGUGAAGAAAACAACACGGCAACUUGCUACUGCUUUGUUUGCCAGAACUUUCUUUGCAAGGAUUGUUUUGAUUCUCAUCAACGCCUGAAGGCCACAAGAGGUCAUCGCAAUGUUUUGAUCGAUAAUUUGCAAGCACAAGAUGUGGAGGAGUUGAUGCACAGACCCGCCAUGUAUGAAAAGAAAUAUCAUGAGAAUGAACCGCUUGAUUAUUAUUGUCAAGACUGUAGCGUUUGUAUUUGCCACAAGUGCAGUAUAGUGAGUCAUAAUCGACAUACUUUAGUAGACUUACAGGAGGCUGCCGAAGAACAAAAGAUGCAAAUGACGCAAGUCUUUGCCAAAGUUAAGGAAAAACUUGUUAUCGUGGAGUCAAAGAUAUCGAAGCAAACUGAACUAAUGACCAAAAGCGAAGAAGAAAUUUGCGCCGCUGAAGAGAAUGUUACGAAAACUGUGCAAGAAAUUAUUCGUAUUGCGAAGGAACAUGAAACGGCUUUAAAAACUAAGCUGGUAGAAAUUAAAGCUACGCAACGAAGGAAUUACGCAGCAAAAAUAGGAAAUGUUCAGUUACUCGCGGCUCAGCUAAUAAAGAGUUCUGUCGAAUACGGCGAAGGUAUCGUACAACGAAGCAUUGGUCCUGAAAUUCUGCAAGCAGGACAUGCUGUGCUUGGUCGAUGCGAGGAACUUUUAACCACACAAGAUAUUGAAAUAUAA